UACGCACGUUGAAAGCGGCCAUUUUCCCUUCAGGCUUCAGCACUGGGUCACAGGAUCGGUCGAAUAAUGAUGGGAUGGGGAGGGGGGAAGGAGAUCGCUCGGCACCCGCCGCUCACACCGCUUCUUCGUCCGGCCUCCGAUAGCUAACUUUGGCUUUUCCUGUGGUCGUGGAUGGGCCAAUCCGUCUCAUCCCUUUCCCGAUUUCAAUCCCGAUCCGAAUCUCGAUCCCGAUCCCUAUCCGAAGCCCUUUUUUCCGAAUCCCAAUCCCGAUCCCAAUCCCUCCGUCGCCGAUCGGGCGCCUGCUCCUCCUCCAGCAUGCGGGGCGUUCCGUCGUCGGAUCGGCGCGACCACACGCUGGAGCUGCCGGACGAGUGCCUGGCCCUCAUCUUCAGCUCCCUGUCGCCGUCGGACCGCAAGCGCUGCUCGCUGGUCUGCCGCCGCUGGCUCGCCGUGGAGGGCCAGAGCCGGCACCGGCUGUCGCUGGACGCCCGCAAGGACCUCCUCUCCUUCGCCCCGGCGCUGCUCUCCCGCUUCGACUCCGUCACCAAGCUGGCCCUCAAGUGCGACCGCCGGUCCGAGAGCAUCGGCGACGACGCCCUCGCCCUCAUCUCGUCCCGCCUCCCCCGCCUCUCCCGCCUGAAGCUGCGCGCCUGCCGCCAGCUCACCGAUCUCGGCAUGUCCGCGCUGGCCGCCAACUGCCCCGACCUCCGCAAGCUCUCCUGCUCCUCCUGCGCCUUCGGCCCCAAGGCCGUCGACGCCGUCCUCCGCGCCUGCCCCCUCCUCGAGGACCUCUCCCUCAAGCGCCUCCGCGGCCUCUCCGACCCCACCGCCGCCUCCGACCUCCUGCUCCUCCUCGCCCCCUGCUCCUCCUCCUCCCUCCGCUCCAUCUGCCUCAAGGAGCUCUACAACGCCCAGUGCUUCGCCCCGCUCAUCGCCGGCUCCCCGCACCUCCGCUCCCUCAAGGUCCUCCGCUGCUCCGGCGACUGGGACCUCCUCCUCGAGGAGAUCACCUCCCGCGUCCCCAGCGUCGCCGACGUGCACCUCGAGAAGCUCCAGGUCGGCGAUCGGGGCCUCUUCGCCCUCUCCGCCUGCGCCGAUCUCGAGGUCCUCCACCUUGUGAAGACGCCCGAGUGCACCGACGCUGGGCUGGCCGCCGUGGCUGACGGGUGCCGCCGCCUGCGCAAGCUCCACCUCGACGGCUGGCGGUCCAACCGGAUCGGCGACCUCGGCCUGUCGGCCGUGGCGCGGGGCUGCCCCGAGCUGCAGGAGCUUGUUCUGAUUGGGAUCAACCCGACCGCCCUCAGCCUCGGCCUCCUUGCUGGCUGCUGCCGUACGCUCGAGCGCCUUGCGCUCUGCGGCUGUGAGACGGUCGGGGAUGCUGAGAUCGCGUGCCUUGCUGCCCGGUGCUUGUCGCUCAAGAAACUGUGCAUCAAGGGCUGUCCGUUGUCGGACCGUGGGAUGGAGGCCCUCGCUCGCGGGUGCCCCAACCUGGUGAAGGUGAAGUUGAAGCGGUGCCGCAGUGUGACGCCCGAAUGCGUGGAGUGGUUGAAGGCGGUCAGGGGAGAGUCAUUUGCCAUCAGCUUGGAUGCGGCUGAGCAGCAGGAGCAGGAUGCCGUAAGCGCGAGCGAGAGUGGCGUGCAGGACACCGCAGCAGAGCAGAUCCCAGAGCUGAUCGAUCAGUUCGCAGCCGUCGAUCUCCCAUCGAGCAGUAGCAGUCGUUCUGCACUGUCAAAGAGUAGGAUGAGGCAUUUCAUGGUAUCUGCUUUUAGGAGGUGGUCGAGUGGAAGCGGUAAUCCCCCCAGCUCAUGAGAAACACAAGGGAAGAUAAAAAUAUAUAUAUAUAUAUAUAUAUAUGGAACUCUUUCACUGCUUCUUUUGGAUAAAUAAAGAUGAUUUUUACUCGAAGAAUGGCCAGUGGCGUCACGUAACAACUAAGUGGGAUAUUGAUGCAAAUGGUUUCGACAGAGAGAAGCUGAUUGUACGUGAAUCUGGCCCGUGAUGAUCAUGUUUUGGGGAACAAUUUCAGUAUCACAUUAUAGGGAGAUGGAAAAAUAUGAACCUUCACUACUAUGUCACAAAGUACCUGGGCGGCUCACAUCAUUAUGUAGUGAUGCGUCCAUUAUUGUUUUAUCGGAUUCUUUAGGAUUUAUGGCAGCUGUCACAUGUGAUCCUUCUGCACUGCUUGCCAUCAUGAAAAAAGAAAAUGACAUAUAGCAGGAGGAUCCUUCUGCACUGAAUGCCUUAUUAUACUGAUGUUAAGGUAGUGUUUGGUUCGGAUAUAAUGAGAAAAAUAAGAGCUUAUUCUCUUUCUUAUACCCAAA